UUAUAAAGAGAUUUGUGUUACAAAAACUUAUCACAUUCUCUAAUCUCUUCUACGACUCUCCACUAAUUUUUCUAGCCAUGUCUCUACCAAACGAUAUAGAGACAAAGAUAUAUGUUGCGGGUUUGCCUUGGAUCACAAAAACUGAAAGCCUUCGGAAUUACUUUGAACAAUUUGGAGAAAUUGUUUAUGCAAAUGUUGUUUGUGAUAGAGCAACCAAACGAUCAAAGGGUUUCGGAUUUAUCACGUUUAAAGAAGCUGAAUCUGCAAAUAGAGCUUGCGAGGAUCCGAAUCCGACUAUAGACGGACGAAAGACCAAUUGCAAACUUGCUUAUCUUGGUGCUAGGGUUCACAAUAAUCAAUCAAACAAAAACGGUUUAGUCUCAAUUUUCCCCAAUUUGAUUAAUUGUUUGCAGCGAUACUUUCACGUUAUAAUAGUUGUUCUCGUAACCGCAGGUCUAGCUAUUUGUGUAUUACCCUACUGGAACCAGUAUUAUUGGCAGUAUUAUCAGCAGUAUUACCAACAUUACCCUUGGUUUAGCACCUAUCCGUAUUAAACGCAAUCUCAAUCAUGAGAUAUAUAGAGCUUCUUGUUCUGUUACAUUAUCAUAGUCAAUUUGGUUUAAUUUUUCUGACUUUAUAUUGGUAAAAUUUAUUUAUUAUGCA